AUGAACUACAACGUACCACCCCGUUACCCAUCAUCAUUCCAACAACCUCGCUACGACCGAUUUGAGUCGCAGCCACUCGCGUCAGAAGUUCAACAAGUACCGUUUGAAAAUUCGAAAUCAGUGCACGUUGCUGGAUUACAUGAGUCUGUCGACGAAACUUUGUUAAGUCGGAUCUUUUCCAUAGUCGGUCACGUAGUCUCGUGUAAAAUAAUGAAAGACAAAACAGGCACACACGCCAGAUAUGGGUUUAUUGAAUUCAUCGACCACACAACGGCGGAGUUUGCGAAGGAGAACAUGAACGGUCGACUUGUGUACGGGAAGGAGUUGAAGGUGAAUUGGACGCACGACUCACAGAGUGAUGCCAAAGGGUCAUUUAAGUUGUUUGUUGGUGGUCUUCAUACGGAAGUGACGAACGAAAUUCUUUACCAAAACUUUGCGAAGUUUGGGAGAGUCUCCGACGCGAGAGUGUUACGGUACUCACAGUCAGGGAAGUCACAGGGCUAUGGCUUUGUCACUUUUAUAAGAAAAGAAGACGCUGAAACUGCGAUGCAGAUGAUGAAUGGAGAAAAGAUUCAAGGAAGGACAGUUAAAGUGAAUUGGGGGACAGCCACACAGAAACCCACUGAAACAGUGAAGAGAGGGUUUGACGAAAUAUCUCGAGAAACAUCGAACACAAAUAACAAUGUUUAUGUCGGAGGAAUUCCUAAAGAGACUGAAGAAAGUACAAUGAGGAAGUUAUUUGGGGACUUUGGAGAAAUCAUUGAUCUGAAAAUAAUGAGAACAGAUGCGGAAAAAGCUUAUGGGUUUGUCAGGUUUGUGUCACAUGAUAACGCUACAAAGGCUAUUAUGAUGCUAAAUGGAUACCAAUUGAAUGGAGGAUGCUUGAAUUGUAUGUGGGGAAAGGAAUCAUUUAAUUGA